UUUAAUUUUAGAAUUUCUUUACAUUUUAUUCUUUGUAACUAAUCAUACUGGUUCCAGUGCUUGAAAUGAAAUCUAAUACAACGAUGAGUAGAAAGUCAGUUUCCCUAGUGGGACUUGUGUUACUGUGCUGCCAUGCUUCACUGACUGAGCAGCGACUGCAGGGCAUAUUCAAAGAUCCAAAGGAACCAAUUGACGAAAGGGUUAAAGACCUUUUGGGGAAGAUGAACCUAGAAGAAAAGGUAGGGCAAAUGACGCAAAUCGAACGUAAAAAUGCGUCGGCAGAAGUCCUCAAGAGUUACUUCAUUGGUAGUGUCUUGAGUGGUGGAGGAAGUACACCCAAGGUAAACGCUACUGUGAAAGAGUGGGUGGACAUGGUGAAUGGCAUGCAACAGGCUUCUCUUUCCACUCGUCUUGGUAUUCCAAUGAUCUAUGGAAUUGAUGCUGUUCAUGGCCAUAACAAUGUUAUGAAUGCCACCAUUUUCCCACGUAAUGUUGGCCUUGGUGUAACCAGGGAUCCCCAACUUCUUAAAGAGAUUGGAGCUGCAACUGCACUCGAAGUUCGAGCCACUGGCAUUCCUUAUGCUUUUGCCCCCUGCAUUGCUGUUUGCAGAGAUCCUAGAUGGGGCCGAUGUUAUGAGAGCUAUAGUGAAGACCACAGAAUUGUCCAACAGCUAACUGAGAUCAUCAAUGGGUUACAAGGAGAAGCCAAAACUGACAUGAAGGGCAUGCCAUAUGUUAAUGGGAAAACAAAAGUAGCAGGUAGUUCCAAACACUACGUUGGUGAUGGCGGCACCGUCAAAGGCAUUAACGAGAAUAACACCAUCGUGGACGACUCAGCCUUGUAUGGCAUGCACAUGGCUGCUUACGUUAAUUCAGUAGCCAAGGGUAUUGCCACCAUCAUGGCUUCUUAUUCAAGUAUUAACGGAGUUAAGAUGCAUGCUCAUAAACAGCUGCUUACAGACUACCAUAAAGGCAAACUUGGUUUCAAGGGUUUCAUCAUCUCGGAUUGGGAAGGAAUCGACAGGAUCACCUCUCCCGCACAUUCCAACUACAGUUAUUCAAUUCAAGCUUCAAUAAAUGCUGGUAUUGACAUGGUUAUGGUUCCUUACAACUACACAGAAUUUUAUGAUGGCUUGAUUGAUUUGGUUAAGAAGAAUGCAAUUCCAAUGAGCCGAAUUGACGAUGCCGUGUCGAGAAUAUUGCGUGUUAAGUUCGCCAUGGGACUCUUUGAAAAUCCCUUAGGUGAUUACAGUUUAAUUAACGAGGUUGGGUCACAGAAGCAUAGAGAAUUGGCAAGGCAAGCAGUGAGGAAAUCACUUGUACUAUUGAAAAAUGGAAAGCCAGGAAAUGCACCUAUUUUGCCUCUCCCAAAGAAUGCCGGCAAGAUAGUUGUUGCAGGAUCACAUGCUAACAAUUUGGGCUAUCAGUGCGGUGGUUGGACUAUAGAAUGGCAAGGAGUCAGUGGGAACAACUGGACUGCAGGUACCACCAUCCUGGACGGCAUCAAAGCCACUGUUGACAAACGCACCAAAGUGGUUUACAAGAAGAAACCUAGCGAUACCUACUCUAGCAAGGGAAAGAUGGACUAUGGGAUAGUGGUGGUUGGUGAGGUACCUUACGCAGAGACAAAUGGUGAUAGCCAAAACUUGACCAUCCCUGCUCCAGGUCCGGCAGUGAUCGAGAACGUAUGCAAGGAAACCAAAUGCGUGGUUAUCAUCGUGUCAGGGCGUCCGGUUGUGAUAGAGCCAUAUGUUGACAAGAUAGACGCCCUGGUAGCGGCUUGGCUACCUGGAAGUGAAGGACAGGGCAAGCUGGCUCGUACUUGGUUUAAGAGAGUAGAUCAGCUUCCUAUGAAUUAUGGGGAUCCCAAAUAUGAUCCACUUUUUCCUUUCGGUUUUGGACUCGAGACUAAGCCCAUCCCUUCCACUAAAAAACCUGAGUUAUAA